UGCGCUGGGCAGCGAAGUGGGCUCCUCUGUGGAGACCAGUGGCAGUUACGGUCGUGCUCCAGUGACCCAUGCUGCUGGGCUCGGCUCCGACCACCUGGACAGCCAGCUGUACGGCCACCACAUCUUUCUCACCGGCCAGCAUCGGCCUCGCCGGCCCAAACUUCAACACUCGCAGUCAAUCCUCCGCAAGCAGGCCGAGGAGGAGGCCAUCAAGCGCUCUCGCUCACUCUCCGAAAGCUAUGAGCUCUCCUCAGACCUCCAGGACAAGCAGGUGGAAAUGCUAGAACGUAAAUAUGGUGGGCGUUUCAUAACCCGGCAUGCAGCCCGCACCAUUCAGACAGCUUUCCGCCAGUACCAGAUGAACAAAAACUUUGAGCGUCUCAGGAGUUCUAUGUCUGAGAACCGUAUGUCCAGACGGAUUGUCCUGUCCAACAUGAGAAUGCAGUUUUCCUUUGAAGGACCUGAAAAAGUCCACAGCUCCUACUUUGAGGGCAAGCAGGUGUCCCUCACGGACGAUGGCACCAAAAUUGGUGCACUGGUGCAGUCGGAGCGCGGCGGGGAUGUGGGCGUUCCAGCUAAGUCUCCCGUGGCACAGACCGAUUUCACAGACGCUAUUACAGAACUGGAAGAUGCCUUCUCCAGGCAGGUCAAGUCUCUUGCCGAGUCUAUCGAUGAUGCCCUGAAUUGUCGUAGCAUGCACGGUGAGGACACUCAGCCGGAGCCUGCCAGAGGCCAUCAGGACAUGGAGCGGGAAGUCAGUUUUCAGGUCAAACCUUCCCACAGCACCUCUGAACACCGCAAACAGGAUGAGAUGACGGCAUCCUACAGUGAUGUCACCCUAUACAUAGAUGAGGAGGAGCUGUCACCCCCCCUGCCCCUGUCUCAGUCUGUAGACCGGCCCUCCAGCACAGAAUCGGACCUACGACUGCGCUCCCUCAAUUCCUCCCAGGACUAUUGGUCUCUGGCUCAUAAGGAUGACAAGGGGGACACAGACACGAGUUGUCGCAGCACACCAUCUCUGGAGUGCCAGGAGCAGCGUCUGCGGGUAGACCACCUCCCCUUGCUGACAAUUGAACCACCCAGCGACAGCUCAGUGGAGCUGAGCGAUCGCUCUGACCGUAGUUCUUUAAAGAGGCAGAACGCCUAUGACCGGAGCAUCAACAACCAACAAGCCAGCCCGAAACACAUCAGCCACGGCCUGCCACCCCGGGGGCCUUCCAGGGAGGAAGAAGCCACCCGCCAUCGGCCACGGCAGCUGGAGGCACACCUGGCCAUCAAUGGCACUGCCAACCGGCAGAGCAAGUCCGAGUCGGACUUCUCGGACGGGGACAAUGACAGCAUUAAUAGCACAUCCAACUCUAACGACACCAUCAACUGCAGCUCUGAGUCUUCAUCCAGGGACAGCCUUCGAGAGCAGACACUCAGCAAGCAGACGUACCACAAGGAGACCCGCAACAGCUGGGACUCACCAGCAUUUAGCAAUGAUAUUAUCCGAAAGAGGCACUACCGCAUUGGCCUUAACCUCUUCAACAAGAAACCAGAGAAAGGCAUCCAGUAUCUGAUAGAGCGAAGCUUCGUGCCGGACACUCCGGUGGGUGUGGCCCACUUCCUGCUCCAGAGGAAAGGCCUUAGCAGGCAGAUGAUUGGAGAGUUCCUGGGUAACAGACAGAAACAGUUCAACAGGGAUGUCCUCGACUGUGUUGUGGAUGAGAUGGACUUCUCAGCCAUGGAACUGGAUGAGGCACUCAGAAAAUUCCAGGCCCACAUCCGAGUCCAGGGAGAGGCACAAAAGGUGGAGCGACUCAUAGAGGCCUUCAGCCAGCGCUACUGUAUUUGCAACCCCGGUGUGGUGCGACAGUUCAGGAACCCCGACACCAUCUUCAUUCUGGCCUUUGCCAUCAUCCUUCUAAAUACCGACAUGUACAGUCCCAAUGUCAAGCCUGAGAGGAAGAUGAAGCUGGAAGACUUUGUUAAAAACCUUCGAGGAGUUGAUGAUGGCGAGGACAUUCCCAGAGAGAUGCUAAUAGGGAUAUAUGAGAGGAUUCGAAAGCGUGAGCUCAAGACCAAUGAGGACCAUGUGUCUCAGGUUCAGAAAGUGGAAAAGCUCAUCGUGGGGAAAAAGCCGAUUGGCUCUUUGCACCAUGGCCUGGGUUGUGUGCUGUCCUUGCCCCACCGAAGACUGGUGUGUUACUGCAGACUGUUUGAAGUACCUGACCCCAACAAGCCACAAAAGUUGGGGCUGCACCAAAGGGAGAUCUUUCUCUUCAAUGACCUACUGGUGGUUACCAAGAUUUUCCAGAAGAAGAAGAACUCUGUGACAUACAGCUUCCGGCAGUCGUUUUCUCUGUAUGGCAUGCAAGUGCUGCUCUUUGAAAAUCAGUAUUAUCCAAAUGGAGUCCGCUUGACGUCAGCCAUCCCCGGCGCUGACAUCAAAGUCCUCAUCAACUUCAAUGCGCCCAAUCCCCAGGACCGCAAAAAGUUCACGGACGAUCUGCGAGAGUCUAUCGCUGAGGUCCAGGAGAUGGAGAAGUACCGGAUAGAAUCGGAGCUAGAAAAGCAGAAGGGGGUGGUGAGGCCCAGUAUAUCUCAGACUGCCGGACUAAAGAAGGAGUCGGGCAACGGCAACCUGAGUCGCGGUAGCCUGGACGACAGCUAUGCCAUCGGGGAAGGUCUGAAAAGGAGUGCCCUCAGCAGUUCCCUACGCGACCUCUCAGAUGCAGGCAAGCGGGGGCGGCGCAGCAGCGCAGGAUCACUAGACAGCAAUAUGGAAGGGUCCAUCAUUAGCAGCCCCCACAUACGGCGGAGAGCCACGUCCAGCCGAGACUGCCCGUCGCGUCACAGCGGCCAGUCUCUGCCCAACUCUUCUUCACUCCUGGGAUCCCUGUUUGGCACCAAGCGGGUGAAGUCUCCCAGCCCGACCCCACAGUCCCAGCACCCCACCCUGAUCUCCCACACUCCACACCCCGGCAACCUGCACCAUGCCGUCCGGGCAGAAAAAGAGGCUGUGGCCCAGAUGCACCCCCACCAUACCCAGUUCUGCCACAUGGGCCAGCAGCCCCCGCCCUACCACCACCACCACCACUACCACCCACCGGCCCACGUACAGCACCCGGCCCACCAGUACCACCCUCCGUCCUCUCAUGGCCAGCAGCCCCCCUACCCUGCACACUCCCACGUGCAGCACAGCCACGGCAGCCACCCUUCUCAUGCACCACAUCCUUCUCAUUCUCAACAUGGCGCCCCCCACCACCACAGCCCACUUCCGGGCCCCUCGCCAGCCCCUUCCCCGGCCCCGUCCAUGGCCUCCAGCAGCGCCAAGCCCAAACACAGCGGCAUCAGUACAGUGGUGUAGAGCCAGGCUGUUGGCUGACCCUCCACACAGCUUAUUAAUGUAACUCUGGGUGACUGGGACGCCUGGCUCAAUGACUGAACUUAAUUUCAUUCUGAGGCUCUGAGUUGACGGGAGAGCCAUGCUGUGUAUCACUGGUCCGCUUCUCUGGGGAGCCAGCCAGACUUCGGUCCUGUGCCUCCUCCACAUUUCCUUUACACUCACCACGAGGCAACAAUUCAAAACAAACUCAUUUUAAGUAGAUAGCUCCUUUUUAUUUUCAGGGCUAGGCCCACAGCUUGUGUCUGUCUGCUCACAGGCAGCAAAGCAAGAGCAUGCACAAAGACCACAACUACUGUUUUUUUCCCUUGAUAAAUUAAUGGGUAUCUUAACAGACACGAUCAAAUAUCUUGCAUACUAGUAUUUUGAAGAGGACGUGAAUAGUAAUCUUAUACCACAACAUGUGAUUUUAGCUUGUGUGUGGAAGAGUUGGCUGAAGGUUGCUUGAACAACAGACAGAGUUACCCAUAGACAGUCUGCCUGGGCAGUUGCUGUACGAGUAUUUAAUGUAGCAGUAGCUCAAAGUACACUGUGAUAUCUGUUAGCAGUCAGAUGUGCCAAUUAUUGAAGCAUUUACUAAUUUAGUUAUGAAAAAUUUGCUUUGUGUAUAUUGUGCAAAUAGUAUUUUAUAAAAUAAUGAUACUAUUAUCAGCCAUGUAUUAUAUUAUUACGGAACAAAUAACAGUCUAUGGCUUCAAUGGAAAAUUGCAGUAUUAUACUACUAUGUAAGCAACAUUGUUUCACUAUUAAGAAACCAGUUAAAGCUCUAAUUAGUUAGGCAAUUCAGUGCGUUGGAAUAUGACGUGGUUGCCUUGGAAUUAGAACUGUCAAGAUUGUGGAAAGCCGGUGCACACUUGCGAACUCGUAGACAACAUGCUCAUUCUUUACACUUUGCAACCGCAUCAUUCAAAGCCAAGUCUACUGCAGAAAUGGAGCCACAGUGAGCAGGCUGGUUCAUCCAAAUGGCCACCCCUUGGUCUUGUUUUGUGUUGUUCGCCGUGGUUCUCUUUUUUUUUUAGUCAAAUAAACAUUAUGAAAUGCUGUGUGCAUUCAUAUGAUGACAUUUGGUAUGGAUUUUCAGACAAUAACCUGUUUUUUGCUUUAGGGGUCUUUCGUGUUUGUUUCAAGGUAGACACGGAAAGAUUGUGAGCAAACUCUACUGCAGGGAAACCGGCAGAACAUGACUGUCCAAAAAAAAAAGUGUCUCUUUUGAUGUGGAAGCUCUCAGCUGGCUGAGUGUGUCCUGUCCCGCUUUGUUUUCAUCGUGUAUCUAUCUGUUUUGGCAGCGACUUUUGUGCCGAGCUAUUUACUUGAGCUAGCGCAGUCCCCUCAUCCCAACUUUACCUGGAGCAACUCAAACACCACGGUUCAAAAUCAAUGCUUAUCAUCCAGCAACAGUGAUAACGGCCUUACGCUUCACUUACUGAAAAUGGCAUUUCUUUUUUUAUAUAUCAAUCACUCUUCUGACAUAUUAUGGGAUGGCUCAUUCUACCUUUCAGCCAUUCAAUGUGCAGUAUGGGGGGGGGUAAUUUAAAAUGAUUUCCUGUCGCGGGGAUGAAGAGAUCGACACAGUACUUGUUUUACGUAGCUGAUAUCAGUGGCAGAUAUUAUUCUGUACCUGCUUAUAAAAACUGAGUUUUUUUUUUACUUGUAUGUGCAAUAUGUUUUCACUAUAUUGUUAAUGACUUAUUGCAAUCAGGUAGGUUUUUUUUUUCAUUUUGUUGCAUAGAUAUGUUGGUUGUGAUUUUUAUCAUUUCUUCCUCAAUAUUUCAGUAAACCACAAGCAUCCACAUGAGUCUUGGAUGAAUUUGACUUUCCGUGGUGAUAAAGAAUGUCAAAGACAAUAUUGCAUGUAACAUGAUAACAUUUUGAAACUAUUUUCUAACCAUUAUGUAUUCCCAAAGUAUAUCCUUGUUGCAGCUGAUGGCGGUUGAAAUUGAAUGGUAGCUUUAGUAUUGCCUUUACAAAUACAACUAUGAAAAGUCAAUAACGUCCCUAUGACACUCCAGAGGAAGAACAAAUCUGUGUCUUCUCGAUCCACAUAUAGUCCCGUUCAGCAUUUCAGUCUGAAUCUUAAUGUGUAGCAGUGGCUGAAGCUGGGUAUUGCUGCAGAUGUCCAUGCAAAAUUCUGCAGCUGCAAAAUAUGUGUUGUAUUCACAGUGAUAAAAGAUAUAGAAAGAUUUCGGAACGCAAAUCAACACUUAGUAACUGCUGCACUUGCAAAGUGCUACGGUUGUUUUGAAAGAACUACAUUACCUUGAUAUUUAUUGUCUGUUUUGGUCAGUGACCUGCACACUGCUAUUGUCAAGAGAUAUCCAAGAGAUCUCCUUUGAACUUCAUCUUUUCUUUUUUUUUGUAAUGCAUUUGCUCACCAGGUCUCUUGUGAGUCAAAACGAAAUUUGUGGGCUUUGUGUGGGUUAUUCAGUUCAUCCUGCUUUUGUUCGAACGACGCACUAGCCUUCAGGAUUUAAUUAGGCCUUCAUGUUGCAGUCACCUAAGAACAUUUAAGCCUGAUAUACCUAGCUCAUGCAUCCCCAACGCAAUUUCUUCCAGAUAAUUUGUGGACCAAAUUUAAUGUUUCAGUGACCCAUUACAACACAUUUGACAAAUACACGCGGCAAGAUUUAACUCUCAUUACCGUGAGUGCAGUGUGAUGAAAUUAGACAACAGCAAAGUGGAAUUCUAAAUUAAUUUAUCCCAUUUAGUUCUCGCUCUACUAUGUGUUAAAUCAAAGUCUCACUCCACUCCAGCCAAUUGAUCUGUAGUAACACCUGUCUGGAUUCCAUGUUGAGGUGCUUUGGUUGCAUGCCAUCGAUGCCUAUCCUGUUUUCUUUCGUUUUCUACUGAGCAACAAGCUUACUUAGAGCCUUGCAGCCUAGAUUCAGACUUCGCUUGUGACUGACGCUUGUUUACGUUUAGAUGAUUUCUGAAUUGCUAUUGUUGCUUUUCAUUUAAUGCCGUGUCAUUCUAUUCCAGCAUGCAUUUCACCCCAAUUUUCACUGUUAAAGAUUUGGCGACAUACAGCCGAGUGUAAAUAGCAAAUCCGUUGGGUGGUAAGGUGGGGGGGGGGUCUAAUGGGACUCUUGGUGGGAUAAAAAAGGUCUCAAAGGGAGGUAAGAUUUGAGGGGGAGGCCGAUAAAAUGACGAGAGGAGAAAGUACAUAUGUAAAUAGUCUGUAAAUUAUUAAUAUAACUCAAUGUCUGCAGAUACAUUGAAGGUGCAUUCAUGCAGCCCUCUGAUAUCUACAUAAUCAACUGCUUCUCUCUGCCUCCGACAAUACUGAAUUAUCAUAGGAUCUAGAGAUGAACAGCCAACUGUUACACGGUUAUCACUGCUUCCUAUUAAUGCCCUGAGACACUCCCAUUCUCUUAUUCCACAGUCCACUUUAUAAGUCAAUGGUAACAGAGGAGUGCCCUUAUUUUAUUAAGCAUUCAAUCUUAAAAGUAGAUGAAAUCCUGUUGAUGUAAAAUUAGUACUGUGACAAUGUUGACAACGCAAAAUAAAAUGAUAUACUGUAAAAA